GAUUCAUGCAUUUCCAUUCCAAUCUGGAUAAAAUUGACCAGGUGGAGGCGCUUGAUGUUGAACUUCAUCAAGUUCAUGCAAGAAGUUUUAAAUAUGAACACUUCGCUGGGAGCAAGAAAGGCAUGAUUUCGUUGAUUAAUCAGAGCACCUCGAGACUCGAGCUGAGCACGUUGGUGUGAAUCUAAAGACCUUGUUUAGGGUGGUUCAUUCGUAUGCAAGUUGGCCCUUAUCGGCCUUGCUUUAGUGGAAAGUUGACAUACCACCAUUUUGGGGGCUGAGGCCCGGACAUUUCAGGAAAGAGGCACAAUGCCCAGGUACUACUGUGAUUAUUGUGAUGUUUACUUGACACAUGACUCGCCGUCCGUGAGGAAACAGCAUAACUCUGGGUACAAGCACAAGGCGGCUGUGCGGGUGUAUUACCAACAGUUUGAAGAGCAGGAGACACAGAGUCUGGUAGACCAGAAAGUCCAGGAGUAUCUGCAGCGGGGGGGCGGCCAGGUCCUAGGUCAGGGUAACCUGCCGCUGAUUGCACGAAACCUGCCCCCCCGCUCCCAACAAGCACCCCUCCCUGGGCCGCCAGGACCACCGCGGCAAACAGGCGCCCCCCCUUCUUUCCGACCACCAGGACCCCCCUCAUUUCGGCCCCCGUCUCAAGGUUACCAGCCCCCGGGGCCCCCUAGCAACGGUGCUGGACCCCCUGGGGCCCCCGGAGGCUAUGGUCCGGGCCCGGCAAACGCCCCCCCCGGGCAGGGCGGUUACGGGCCAGGGGGUUACGGUGGUGGUUCAGGGUAUCAAAAUGCGGGCGCUCCUCCUGGCGGCUCUGGCUACAAUCCUUACGGAAACCAGGGGGGGGGUCCGGGCGGCCCCAUAAGAGGCCCCCCUGGUGGUGGUCACCAGGGGGCUCCUUCUCCGUAUGCUCGGCCCGGGCCGCCUUCCGGAUCGCAAGGGCCCCCGGGUUCGUACAAUUCCUCAGGGAGGUAUUGACAGAAGCAUGCGAGUGGUGCGGAAAAGAGGGACUUGUAGUGCUUUGUUCUAGUCCAGAUUAAGGUGUUUCCGUCUCAAAUCAAAGCCUACGAUCUACGAUCUACGAUUCCUCUCAGCAGCCUCGGCCGUGAAGGUGGCGGAGAUGCAAGGGAGUUGCUAGCAAGUAGGGGGGAAGUGCGACAGCGCCUGCGUGGAACUUGCGAGGCAAGGUAAUGCUUUAGAUCGGGGGUGGGUAAGGCAAGUGGCCGGAGACUUCAGGCCCUCCGCGCCAGCUUUUUCAUUACACGAGCUUAGAGACUUCAGGCCCUCUAAGCCGGCUCGUCUUAUCUAAUGUAUCUCACGUUACAUCAUUUGGUCUUCCUUUUCAUUGAUAGGCCUCGACAGUCCGUGCUAAUGUACGAAAAAGUGCACGAAAAAGUCGACCAUGUUGUUCGAGUUUGCUUUCUCAAACGUGAGUCUGAAGCUGUCAAGCGUCUACGUUUGCAAAUCACGCCAUCCCCCGUUCUUUACUUGGAAUCUUAAGAGUUGUCUAGGUAUUGAGGCGCUCCUUUCCAAAUGUACUAUGGGAGAACCGCGUUGCAAUCCCAUAUUGCCUGGGCUUCCCUUGGAUAUAAACUAACCUCCAGCGAAAAAACCAGAAGGCGACUUUUCGAGGAGCAUCCGGCUUCACAUAUAGUCGGAGCUUUGCAGUCUUGAGCAAGCUACACGUUAAGCUUAUCCAAGUUGCAGUAUCAAGCAAGCAGCACGUCCAAUCACAGCUAGUAAGGAACUUUGGGUCUUACAGUGGGCCUCUAUAUGUUGCCUGCCUAGAAGUCAGACAAGAUUGGUCAUGUGACGUCCUGCAAAUGUAUGUGGU